CGGCCGGCCCCCGGGGCGGAGUCUGCGGGCUCGCCCUCCCCUCGCCGCCUCAGCCGGCUAGCCGACAACUGGGUCCCCUCCCCGCAGCAACACGGCGUCUCCCGCUCGCCGCGAAGACAGGGGCUUCCCCGCCGCCGCCGUCGCCGCCUCCGGCCGAGCCCCGCCGCGCCCGCGGCCCGCGGCCGCCAUGCAGUUUAUGUUGCUUUUUAGUCGUCAGGGGAAACUUCGACUGCAGAAAUGGUAUGUGCCACUGUCAGACAAGGAGAAGAAAAAGAUCACAAGGGAACUUGUUCAGACCGUCUUAGCACGGAAGCCGAAAAUGUGCAGCUUUCUGGAGUGGCGAGAUCUGAAGAUUGUUUAUAAAAGGUACGCAAGUCUGUAUUUCUGCUGUGCCAUUGAGGACCAGGACAAUGAGCUCAUUACCCUGGAAAUAAUUCAUCGCUAUGUGGAGUUACUUGACAAGUAUUUUGGCAGCGUGUGUGAACUUGAUAUUAUCUUCAAUUUUGAGAAGGCUUACUUUAUUUUGGAUGAGUUUCUUUUGGGAGGAGAAGUUCAAGAAACAUCCAAGAAAAAUGUCCUUAAAGCCAUUGAGCAGGCUGAUCUACUGCAGGAGGUAAGCUGCUCCUCUUGGCCAGCUGCUCGCAUGUUGUGCUUCACAGAGGGAAUCUGCCCUCGUGGCGACACUUGCAGCUUUGCCUGUAGUGUCUUUCCUCCCGUGGUUUAUUGGUUGGAAUAUGUGGUGGUGGCAUCACAGCUCAGUCAUCUGUGGAUGCAUGGUUCACUUUGGAGAUGGUCUGCCAGUCAAACCUCUUCUUGUCGGCUUGUUUUGGACCCCCAAAUUACUAAAGUCUAUAGUGUUAGAAGAAAGAAAGGAAAAGAUUGGCCAAAAGUAACAGCUAAGAAUGCUCCAUCCGUGGUUUGUUUUGAAUUACAUAACACAACCCCCUUUUCAUUAGUGUGGCGUAAUCAAGAGUUGACUAUGAUUUUAGGGUGUUUUAUUCCAAAUUGGUUCAUGUUUUCUCAUGCCCAUUAAGUACAAAUGGAGCCAAACAAAUCGAUCCUAUUUUCCAGUUACAUGUUUUUUUAGAAUCCUCUAGUUUUGUAUUAGCCAAAGUAGCCAAGUGCUUGUUUCUCUUAUUCUUAAAUAACAAACCAUGUUCAGUCAAAACUUCCCCAUUCUUGACUUCCUUCUGUAUCCCCAGAACUGUAAUAACCCUUUUCCCUUUCCAUGUAACAUUGUGUGCUGCUUUUCUGUGUGAUGUGUGUGUUAUCUAUUAGUGAAGUUUAAAAUUUCAUAGAUAAGUCUGGCUUUUAGAAGCCAGACUACUAAACUGAAUUAUAUUUUAGAGCUAAUUAUGGUUUUAGUCACAUAGAAAACUUGUAGCAUGAGGAGUUUCAUUAAGAUAGUGAAGUAUGUGUGUGUGUGUGUGUGUAUAUAUAUAUAUGAAUGAUCUUGAGUGGGUUUUAUUUGGGCUCAUUUUCAAGAAACAUUGAAAGCAUGGUUUUAUGUUUUUAGUUUAUUUUAGCCCCUUAUUUAUUACAUAUUUAUUAGUUUGUUCUUGUUUAAUUAUUAAAGGAAACUUUAAAGGUAAUUUUUUAAGCAUUUUUGUUUAACAGAAAUGUCAAGUGUUAGGGGAAUGCGAUAUGUGAGAAGAGUAUUUGUCUUUCUCCAUUCACCCUCAUAAUUUUCUACCUCUGUGGGAACCCCCUCAUGAGUGAGUCAUCACCAGGAUCAAUUUUGGGGGAGUGGCUCAGUGUUGAGAUGAUAUGAUUUGGAAUGUACAGGUAUUAGAUAUGAAAGAAUACAUUGACACUUAUUAGUCUUAUUACCAGAAAUAAUAGUUAAGGUGCCUGCAAAAGUGAGGUAUUUAAUUGGCCUCUCUGGUACCAAGUGACAUGAGCAAGGCUCUUUUCCUUGUGUGUAUGGUUUGCAGUGAUGCUUACUCAAUCACAAACCAUGUCAUUUUCUACAUUUUUUUUUACAUCAGCUGUGUUAACUACAAGCUCACAUUCUGUUGUAAAAUUGGCCUUCCAGUUAGCAUAUCUUUAUUUUGCUAUUCAGUAAGCAAACUUUUAUUUUAACAAUUAGGUCAAAACCAUGGUUAAGACUUGGGAAGUGUCCUUAUUUGGGCCUUCCUUCGAUCACUUUUAUGGUUCACUAUUGUGGAACUGUAUUCUGUUCUAUCAGAACCCGCUAUUUCCUCCACGUUUUUCAUUUGCUGAUUAGUUAUAUUAGCCUUUUAACAUUUUCAACAUUAUUGAAGUUCAGCCUUGAAUUAUUUAAUGUCUACCCAGAAAAAUAAUGCUUAGGGCAUGAUAUCUAUCUACUUGUGCCUAGAUUAUUUUUUCUAAAUGUUAAUCGGAAAUUGUUAUAACUUUGAUAUGACAAUUAUGCUAUACUCCCUUAUAGCAUAUAUUGAAUAUUAGUGUAUUAGGGGUUAAAAAUGUCAUUACAGGUGCACAGUUCCAUUUGAAAUGUUCCUUAUCCCUUUUCAUCCUUCUUGAAAAACAAAUGGACUACUCGUGACUGUAGUUUCUUGUUUUUAGAAGA